GCACAAUAAGCCUGUAAGCAUCUGCGAAGACGAAGGGAAGAGACCGAACAAGUGCGAGAGUGAGAUUCUUUCUGCAGAGGAUAGUAUUAUUCUGUUUUCAUUUCCACAAAAUUACUGUAUGGAGGUUGAAACUCAAACUCUCUCUCAUUUCUCCUACUCCCUUGAUGGAAAUGACAUUUCUCACGAUCUCCGUACUCAUGAAUCACCGCGGUUCGAAAUGCUGAGUGAGGAAGCCCAGGUCACCAAUUCCUGUGAUACGGAAGAUCCAGUUGGCGGCGCGUGCUUGGACAGUGCUGCUGCUGUCAAGUUGCAGAAGGUCUACAGGGGUUAUCGCACCCGGCGCAGGUUAGCGGACUCCGCUGUCGUCGCCGAAGAACUCUGGUGGCAAGCUAUAGACUAUGCUAGACUGAAUCAUAGAACCAUUUCCUUCUUCAAUAUGCAAGAAAGUGCGGCUUCGAGGUGGAACCGUAUUAGCUUGAAUGCUUCCAGGGUGGGAAAGGGUUUAUCCAUGGACGUUAAAGCACAAAAAUUGGCUUUUCAACAUUGGAUUGAAGCUAUUGAUCCAAGGCAUCGAUAUGGGCACGUCUUGCAUUUGUAUUAUGAGGAAUGGUGUAAGGCAGAUUCUGGUCAGCCAUUCUUUUACUGGUUGGACGUAGGAGAUGGAAAAGAGCUUGAUCUCAAAGAAUGUCCAAAGUCGAAGCUUCGAGAACAAUGCAUCAAGUAUCUUGGACCACAAGAGAGAGAACAUUAUGAGUAUAUCAUUUCUGAAGGCAAAAUCAUUCACAAACAAACUGGAGAUCUCCUUGAUACAACUCAAGGGGCAAAGUGGAUCUUUGUUAUGAGCACCUCUAAGAGACUAUAUGCUGGUGAGAAAAGGAAGGGAACGUUCCAUCAUUCAAGUUUCCUGGCUGGGGGUGCUACGGUAGCUGCUGGAAGGUUGAUGGCAGAGGAUGGUAUUCUUAAGUCCAUUUCUCCAUAUAGUGGACACUACCGACCAUCAGAAGAUAGCUUCAAAAGCUUUUUAUCCUUUCUCAACGAUAAUGGAAUAAAUCUUGAUGAAGUCCAGAUAAACAAGGCUAGUGAAGAUUCUGACACCUAUGACGAUGGCAAAUAUAAUGGAAGUGGGAGGAUGAUUGACCUUAUAAGGAGUCUGGAGCCUCCUAAACUCAAAAUAGAGGAUGAUCCUAUCUCCGAAUUGCCAGAAGUUAAACAAGCAGAAAAGAAAGGUGAAUACAAAAGGACCUUAUCCGGUGGCCUUCAGAGCCCGAGAGCUGAGGUGCCCAAGGCGACUAUACUGCAAAGAAUCAAUUCUAAGAAGGCAGCAAAAUCAUACCAAUUAGGGCAUCAGAUUUCUCUCAAGUGGUCAACUGGUGCUGGCCCAAGAAUCGGGUGUGUUGCUGACUACCCGUUAGAAGUUAGAGUACAGGCCUUGGAGUUUGUCAAUCUAUCUCCACGAACUCCACGCACUCCCACUUGCUGGCGCACUUCUGGUCUGGCAUCACCCGCAGCUCAACCCACACAAGAUUUGCCAAGCGGUGAUGGGACCUCUCACUAGCCCUUGCUCUACUAUCAUUUGCCUAGUGGAUUGUCAAGUGAAUGCUAAUGACAAAAAAUAAAAUGCCAAUGAUAUCUUAUUUGGAUCUAAA